AUGUCAUUUCUUAAUUUCAGUGCAAUGCUCACUCGAGAGCAGAGAGAGCAUUUGGCUCCUGAUCUACGUGCCAUGCAAAGAGAGAUAGUGACAACAUAUGUGGCUUGCCAAGCGGCUGAUAACGAAAUAUGGCAUAGUAUUUGUCAGGCUGUGCACGAAGAUCCUGCGUUGUGCGAAGAUCACCUCGCUAUUCAGUGUGUUGAUGCAAUCGAAGAACAUCGGAAUAGACUGCAAGCAUUGCCAGCAACCGUCGAAACUUUGCGUGAGCGCAGCAAUACUCUAGAAUCGAUGCAAUCACAGUUAAGCUUACUAGAAGAGCAAGCGGAACGUUUAAGCCCAAAUAGUCGUUUGAAGAAACUUUUGCAAAUAUUUAACAAGGCUUUGGAAGCGUUCAACCAUUUACUGAAAGGGUUUAUGAAAUGCUUCUAG